ACUCUUUUCCUCUCCAGCUGCUUGAAGCUUGGCCUCCAUCAUGAAUGACACAGUAACUAUCUGGACCAGGAAAUUCAUGACCAACCGACUUCUUCAGCACAAACAAAUGGUUAUUGAUGUCCUUUAUUCCGAAAAGACAAUAGUAUCUCAGACAGAAAUUUGGGCAAAACUAGCCAAAAUGUACAAGACCACACCAGAUGCCAUAUUUGUAUUUGGAUUCAGAACCCAUUUUGGUAGUGGCAAGACAAAUGACUUUGGCAUGACUUAUGAUUCUUUGGAUUAUGCAAAGAAAAAUGAAUCCGAACAUAGACUUGUAAGACAUGGUCUAUAUGAGAAGAAGACCUCAAGAAAACAGUGAAAAGUAUGCAAGAACAGAAUGAAGAAAGUAAGGGGGACUGCAAAACCCGAUCCUAGUGCU